AUUUCCAGAUUGAUUCCAUUCUUCGCCGAUUCUCUCUCUCUCUCUCUCUCUUCGCUGCGUGAAGACUCGGGAGGGAGUUUGGUUUGGACUCUCGCUGGAUCUGCGAAUUCCGGCUCUCCGGUGAUCCCAUUUGGCAUCUCCGGUGACCGAUCAUCGGAUUUUGGAGGCCUUCAUCCGUGGCAGAGGCUGGUGGUUGGUACCUGCUCGAGAUCUCAAGCUCGUGACUCCAUUUGGAUAAUUUCUUGUGAUAUUAAAGCAAAAGGAGCUCUUUUUGGGACGAAGAUUGUUUUACAGCGGAAGCUGGCAAUUCUUGUCAAUUGAGAUUAACCAAAAUUCAGCGACCAAACUCAGGGGGCGAGCUGCCCCAAGGGGCAGACUUCGUUCCUUUUCCUGUCGCUCGGAGGGUGAAUUCUUCAUCACACGCUGUUGCAAUGGAUGAUGACAUGGAAAAUGGUAGUUUGAGUCCAUAUCCAGAUAGGCCUAGAAGAUUUCCUAGCAUGCGGAGCAAAUCACAUACCCCCUUGGUUUUCAGGAUUUUUAUGGGAAUAAAUGUGCGCGUCUUAUUCUUCUUAUUACUUUUGGGGGUUGGAGCCAUAUUUUACGUGGGAAUUAGAACUUCACCAAUUAUUGUUUUUGUGUUAUCUGUUUGCACCAUCAGCCUCUUCUUUGCUGUCUAUCUUACAAAGUGGGUUCUAGCCAAGGAUGAGGGACCUCCUGAAAUGGCUGAGAUUUCAGAUGCCAUUCGGGAUGGAGCAGAAGGUUUCUUCAGGACACAAUAUGGAACUAUAUCAAAGAUGGCAAUGUUUCUUUCUCUUGUGAUUUUCAGUAUAUAUUUUUUCCGCAGUACAACUCCCCAACAGGAAGCAUCUGGCUUGGGAAGGUCAGCAUGUGCAUAUGUUACGGUUGCAGCAUUUCUCCUUGGUGCAUUAUGUUCUGGGAUUGCAGGAUAUGUGGGGAUGUGGGUGUCAGUCCGUGCAAAUGUCCGCGUCUCUAGUGCUGCUAGGCGUUCUGCAAGGGAAGCACUGCAGGUUGCUGUUCGUGCUGGUGGUUUUUCGGCAAUUGUUGUUGUUGGCAUGGCUGUAGUUGGUGUUGCUAUCCUUUAUGCUACAUUCUAUGUUUGGUUGGGUGUGGGUUCCCCCAACGCAAUGAAAGUCACUGACUUGCCUCUUCUACUUGUUGGCUAUGGUUUUGGUGCUUCUUUUGUUGCCCUAUUUGCUCAGCUGGGUGGUGGCAUUUAUACAAAAGCAGCAGAUGUUGGUGCUGAUCUUGUUGGAAAGGUGGAACAAGGGAUACCUGAAGAUGAUCCUCGCAAUCCUGCUGUGAUCGCAGACUUGGUUGGUGAUAAUGUCGGGGAUUGUGCUGCUCGUGGUGCUGACCUUUUUGAGAGUAUUGCGGCUGAGAUUAUCAGUGCUAUGAUACUUGGUGGAACAAUGGCCCAGCGCUGCAAAAUCGAAGAUCCAACAGGGUUUAUUCUAUUCCCCCUCGUUGUCCAUUCAUUUGAUUUGGUUGUGUCAUCAAUCGGAAUUAUAUCAAUCAGGGGCACACGUGAAUCUGGAGUAAAGAUUGGCAUAGAAGAUCCAAUGGCAAUUCUCCAGAAAGGCUACUCAGUCACCAUAUUUUUUGCUGUUCUGGCUUUCGGUUUGUCUACACGGUGGCUUCUUUAUACUGAACAAGCACCCUCUGCAUGGCUGAACUUUGCUUUGUGUGGUUUGGUCGGAAUCAUAACAGCAUACGCCUUCGUUUGGAUCACAAAGUAUUACACAGAUUACAAACAUGAGCCAGUUCGUCUUUUGGCUAUGUCAAGUUCUACUGGUCAUGGAACUAAUAUAAUUGCAGGCAUAAGUUUGGGUUUGGAAUCAACAGCUCUUCCUGUUCUCGUAAUAAGCAUCGCUAUUAUUUCUGCUUUCUGGCUUGGACACACUUCGGGCCUGUUAGAUGAAUCUGGGAAUCCAACUGGUGGUCUGUUUGGGACAGCUGUAGCAACAAUGGGGAUGCUUAGUACAGCAGCUUAUGUUCUCACCAUGGAUAUGUUUGGCCCAAUAGCUGACAAUGCAGGUGGAAUUGUGGAGAUGAGUCAGCAGCCUGAAAGUGUUCGAGAGAUCACUGAUGUUCUUGAUGCUGUUGGAAACACCACUAAAGCUACUACAAAAGGAUUUGCUAUUGGAUCUGCUGCACUCGCCUCCUUUCUUCUUUUUAGUGCAUAUAUGGAUGAAGUGGCCUCAUUUGCUCAGAUUCCUUUUAAACAAGUUGACAUUGCGAUUCCAGAAGUCUUUGUCGGUGGACUAUUGGGUUCUAUGCUUAUAUUCCUCUUUAGCGCCUGGGCAUGUGCAGCUGUCGGAAGAACUGCUCAGGAGGUUGUCAAUGAAGUUAGAAGACAAUUUAUUGAGAGGCCCGGGAUAAUGGAGUACAAAGAAAAACCCGAUUAUGGCCGUUGUGUUGCGAUAGUGGCAUCUGCAUCUUUGCAAGAAAUGAUAAAACCUGGUGCUCUGGCCAUCGUCUCACCUAUUUUAAUCGGGUUCCUUUUUCGUGUAUUAGGCAAUGUAACAGAUCAGCCACUUCUUGGAGCCAAAGUUGUGGCUUCCAUGCUUAUGUUUGCAACUGUGGCUGGCAUCCUUAUGGCUCUUUUUCUGAAUACUGCUGGCGGUGCAUGGGAUAAUGCAAAGAAGUUCAUUGAAACCGGUGCACUUGGUGGUAAAGGCAGUGAGCCUCACAAGGCAGCUGUCACUGGUGACACAGUUGGAGACCCUUUCAAAGACACAGCAGGCCCUUCACUUCAUGUUCUCAUUAAGAUGCUUGCUACCAUUACAUUGGUCAUGGCACCUGUCUUUUUGUGAGUGAUUUCCUGCUUUCUUUACUUAAGGAAAUAUACAACACCUUGGUACUUGUUAUUCCCCUGAGAGAGAUUUUAACUUUUAACAGCCUUAUGUGAAUUUUGAUAGAAGAAAAAUAAAAGAUUUACCAGGUUUCUUGUCA